GUAUGCCUGUUCAAAAAAGAAGAGUUGGUGGAGGGAGAUCAGAAAGCGGUGCGUGACAACUCUGGCAGAUGCCAGCUGUACGAGUGCAGGGUGAGUACACUACAGCCCUCAUGAAAACAUACUAUUGGUGUUUUUCUACCUACAGCACUACUUGGUUUAAACAAACUCCCACACCUCCAUGAAAAUACACAAUAAUUCAAGCAACCAAGCACUUACAGUGUAUUAAUUUCCAUCACAGGGUGUAUGACAGCUUCAUUAAAUAGUGAUUCCAGACUAGAGCUGCUCUCCUCAGGCCAGAGGCUAAAUCAAGCCUGAAUGAGAGACUGCAGUCGGCCGUCAACAUUAGCUACAUUUAUUGAUCUGUUUUUUCUUAUGCUCUCUAUGGGGAAAGUAAAUGGGCAGAACUGAGUAAUUGAGUUUCCAGGAGGGGACCAAACCGUCACAGCAUGACAAUCAAUGUUUUGAUCAAUCAUCAUCAAAUAUAUCUCCUAUAUUCCUGUAUGACCAUAUAGAUUGUGCAGUGUGAGACUGAUGGCUGUAUGUUGAGAUCACACACCUGGCCCGUUGGCAGCCCUUGCUUUGUGACUGAAACUGCUUUCUUAUAUAGCUACAGGCACAGACACAUAUAGACACAGACACAGUCACAGACAUAGGCUGCAGAUCAAAGGACUGUGUAAUGGGGAUAGUGUCAGUCAUCCUGGUCCCACAGUCUCAGGCAGGCCGGCGUUCUGGGUAAGCAAGCCUAAAUAUCUUAUAUUGAGUGAUAAUUGUUUUUCUUUCGUUUUUUUCUUAUAUAAACCUAAAAAUGGCUUAAUACAAGUAAUAUAUCUUAUUUAAAGGUAUCUUUCAAGAUAUUUUACCUAAUAAGACGAUUAAGCUGCUGGUUUUGGGAGUUUUCUUUGGGUGGGGGGUGGGGGGGGGGCUGACUAACAUAGAGAUACAACUAUUUGAUUUAUCUUUAUAGUGGCUGAGCUAGCCUUGUGUGGAACGUAGCUAGUCAUAGAUGUGUUCUGAGUUGGUUUAUUAGGUUGGUUUUCUCUGGUUGAGUGUUUCUCGGUCGUGUGUUAAUGAUGUUAAUGAUCAUGAAUCAGCAUCAGUCAGGUAGGCAGAGCGGAGAGGAGCCAGGGCAUUGAAGAUGGAUGUUAAAGAGCUGGUGGGAGAGGGAGCUCCCUAAUCACAUUUACUCUGUCUAAUCACACAAUCGGGGACAAUUACACUGGUUUCAUAUCCUUCUCUGUUCAAUUUGUUAUCAUAAACCUCAAUAGAUAAGUGAAUCGACAUGCAGAGUCUUACUACAGCGCAGCAGCGCUAAACUAAACUGAAAUAUGUAUACGUUACUGCUAUUGACCCAUCAUUAUGUAACUUUAGUUGGGAAGUUGUGCACAGUGGAGAGGGAAGCACACAAUGGAUGCCUAAUUGCCUCUGAUUAAAUUCUAGCCUUAUCAAAUCUGUGGGAAACCAGCAGCUGAGCUAAUCUAACCCUUAUGAGGUUGUGUCUCAUAUUGUUUCUCAUUGUUUCCUUGUUACUAGGACACGACUAUGCAUCAGGUCGUCGUGACUACCCCCUGUCCUGAGCUCAACUGUCCAGAGUCCGAGCAGGUCAACCUCACCGACAGGUGCUGCAAAGUCUGCAGAGGUAUUGAAAAAUACACAUACCUGCCUAUAAAGGCAUUUCACUGUACUUGUGGAAGUGACAUUAAAACGUAAAACUUUAUAUCAGUGGUUUCCAACCAGAGGUACUAGGACCCCUGGGGGUACUUGGCCUAUCCACAGGGGGUACUUGAGAAGACUCAUGAGACCAUAGGCCUACUGGUAACAUACAGAUGAGGGGGUACUUCAGGGGUACUCCUGGCAGAGCAAAAUUCAGUUGGUGGUACAGUAACCGAAAAAGGUUGGGAACCACUGCUCUACAUUACAGAUGUAAACCUAAAAAGAAUCAGCAAAUAAUUACAGGAACCAUUGCAAAAAAAAAAACCAGUCUGAGAGGAGUGACCUGUGUGUAACCUCUGACCUCUGUGCCCUAGGUCAUGACUUCUGUGCGGAGGGCCACGGCUGUGUGGAGCACUCUGACUGUAUCAACUUGGAGGCUGGGGCCCGCUGCAGCUGCAAGGAUGGCUUCCACCCGCUCCGAGAUGACAACGCAUACUGUGAAGGUACACAAAGGAUUCUAAUAGAAGAA